CCGGCGCUCCCAUCUCCGCUCGUAGCGGGCGCUGUUGCUGCCUAGUGACCUCCCCAGCGCCCUGGCCCACGCAGACGCCACCCGCGCCUCUGCAGGGGAGGCUGCGGUUACUCCUUCCGUCUCUGCCUUGGGGGGAGGGGUCUAGUCCUUGCAGGUAGCUUCAGUGUCCAAGCUUGGGACUGAGAUAAUGGUGCUGUCUGGGGACAGGGCUUGCUGUGUUAUUAGUGCUUCCAGUGCAUGUGGGAAUUCCGUGGGGACCCCAGCCCAGGGAUCCUGGAGCUGUAGUGGGAUCAUCUUGAGCCAGAGUCCAGGGAUUGUGCUGUGCCAUGGAGCCAUCUUCUCUCCUUUCCUCUUGGAGGAGGUGAUAGCAGCAAAGCAAGGUAACUGGUCCCAGUGCAGCGUCCUGCUGGCAAACAGCUUCUCCCCAGAUAUUCAGAUCCAGGUUCUCUGGGCUGCAGAAAGUAGAAGCAAAGGGAAUGGUAAGGGUGUGUUGGGUAAAGAUUUAGGGGCCUGCAGCCUAGCUCUGGGGUUCAAUCCCCUUUCCAACCAACAGGGAUCUCUUGGCACCCUCACGCAGUAUGAGGCCAAGCUCCUUAUGAUGGUGCCCUGCCCAGAGUUCCAGGACGCCUUCUCCAAAGUCUUCACAUGUGCUGAGCAGUGGCAUUUCUGUAGGAGUGAAGAUGAGCAGGAGCAUGGGACACUCUUGGAUGAUUCGCACUAUCUGCAUUGGUUUGCCUUGCUGGAAAUCCCAGACCUCAACUCACCUGGUAUAGUUCAAGUGAGCUGUGUGCUGGCAGAGUCAUUGAGGAAAGGUGACACGCUGUUUGCCUGUGGUUCCCCUUUUGGGUCAUUUUGCCCAGACAUUUUCAUUAACACCCUUAGUAAAGGGAUAGUGAGUAACCUAGCUGGAAAAGGCAAUGUCCUUAUUCUGACUGAUGCUCGUUGCUUGCCUGGCACCGAAGGAGGAGGGGUCUUUACCUGCUCUGAAGAUGGUUUUAAUUUGGUUGGAAUAAUUGUGGCUCCACUUUGUUGGAAGGCCAAUGAAUGGGUUGGAUUGACGUUGGUUUGUUCAAUUGGCCAUAUUCUGGAGAAUGUCAGGAGUGCCUGGGUUGGGUCUAGAAGUUCUGUGAAAACCUGGUGGCCUCAUGUGCAAUUGGUUGCUAAGCCUGUUGGGAAGAUGGCAGUCAGCCCUGGUCCCGCGCAGUAUCUCCUGCCUGCAGUGGUGUUGGUGGAGUGUGGUCAAGUCUGGGGAUCUGGAGUGCUGGUCAGUUCAAGGCUAGUGUUGACCUGUCGACAUGUGGUAAAUGAUGCCUCGGAUGUCUGUGUAAGGGUACAGCACAGCCCCAAAAAGGGCUGUGUCCUUAAAGGGAAAGUGGUGUUUACUACAAACGAUGAUUCUCCCUAUGACAUAGCAGUGGUAGAACUAGAAGAAACGUUACUGUGUUUUGUGAAACCUGUUUUCGCCACCAAAUUUGGUGCAGGAGAAGAAGUGAGUGUUGUUGGCUUUGGUGUGUUCGGCCAGAGCUGCGGCCCAUCAGUGACAUCAGGAAUCUUGUCAGCUGUGAUCACGGUGGAUGAGAAGCCAGUGAUGCUUCAGACAACCUGUGCAAUUCAUGGUGGCUCAAGUGGGGGGGCCCUUUUCUCUACAAACAGCGGAAAGCUCCUUGGGAUUGUUGCUAGCAACACAAAGGACAACAGCAUAGGAGCUACAUACCCUCACCUGAACUACAGUGUUCCUAUCACAGUUCUACAGCCAGCAGUCUUGGAGUACAGCCGUACUGGAGACCUGCAUGGUUUCCAGGAGCUGAACAGGGCCAAUGACAGAAUCAGACUAGUGUGGCGGCUCCAAAGAAAGACCACAGAGGUACCACACAGCAAGCUAUGAGGCUGGCCAUCUCAGAGAAGAAAGGUAGAGCUCUCCUGGUGAAGGUGGCAGAAUACUCCCACGAACAGGGAAAGAUGCGAACUGGAGCGAUGUUGCCACUAGUCCUUCAACUCAUCUUCUGCAACAUGGAGGCUUUCUAGUACUGAUAAUGGAAAUUGUGGCUGCAAUUACUCCAUGGUUUCAAGAAGCUGAAUGGGCAGCCUUAUAGCCAGUUUUACUGGUCUGAGCAGCUCCCAGCUUUGCAAAGUGUAGAACACUGGAAGGAGUUUUCUGAAGCCCACAACACAUCUCGCUUACACACACACACAAAAUUCUAAUCAAUACUUUGGACAAGACAAAGCUGCAAUCUAUGUGAUCACACACUGUCAUUGAACCCUCCUCUUCCCCUCCCCGCUCAAUCCCGAAUAAAUGGACCUGACACCACCAAUAUAUUUCACCUAGCCCCAUUAAUGAGUAUCAUAUAGCAAUGGCUUUUGGGCACUACCAGUCUGAGUCAGGUUCCAGCCAAGCUUUUGGGUUUGCAUAGGACAGCAUGUGCUUAUCUGAGCCUGUUAGGUCAUGCUUUGUCCCGCGUGUACCAGCUGCAAGGUAUGCUUUCUCUAAGACCAUUAUUGGCUCUUAGCCAAGAUGGUCAAGGACACACCCCCAAGCUCUGAGUGUCCCUAAACCUCUGACUACCAGAAGCUGGCACUGGACAUCAGGGGAUGGAUGGGAAAAAAGUGGGUACAGAACAGGUUUUCUUGGGCUCUUAUUGUAAUGAGCCUGUCAAUGCAGUUUGUUUUUUCCAUCAUGCAAGGUCAAAAAGGUUAUUAAAAUCAUUGAUCAAAACUUUACUCCAUGAUUAAAAUGGUCUGCAAGU